GCACGUGCUUUAUCAUCUGUCUUCCAACGUAGAAACGUUGUAUUCCGUCAUUAUCCUUACAAUUUGGUACUUUUCAGCUCUCCGCGCUUCUUAUCCACCGAGUUCGCCGGAGAGCACAUUACGCCUUCGUGCGUUUACGGGAGCAUUUCACAGCCCCAUUCCUGAAGAAGUGGAGAACUCAGCCUCAAACUUCCUAUGAGCGAAUCUAGAUAAUAUCUUCUUUGUUUCUUUCUAUUCGACGUCUUUGCCAUAGUCGUGCGGUGGCGCUUCCUCGUGUACUUUUCUUUUCUCUCUUGGAUCUUCCUUCUUCUUUUAACUGCUCCUCUAUUUCUACAUGCUUGGUUCCGUACAAUCUGUCGAGCAUCGGCGGUCUCUCCUCCUCAAAGACUUAUCAGCUGCGACGCCGACCCUUUGCUGUGUGUUUCGCUUUCGCCUUCCUUUUCUUUUUUCGUUCUUCUUACAUUAGUGCUUUACUAACACGUUUUCAAAAUGGUGGGGCUUCGCUGCGACGAGACGACGGUGUACGCCACCGUCGCUGUCACGUGCACUGUACUGCUGCUUUUUGCAGUGCUGCGCGCAGCCGUGGGUUUACUCGGCGCCUUCAUCGCGAGAGCCACAAAAAAGUUUAUGAGACCUGCUGUGGAACGGGUGCUUUGUGCCGUUGGUGCUGUCGUGUCCAUUGUUGUCUUUGCAGAUGGAAGUGCCUUACUGCCGGCUCUGCUGCUUCUCGCCUCUGCCACCGGUGCUGCCUUCUGCCGCUCCCUGCUGAGUUUUCGCUGGCUUUGGGUGAGCAGUUUCACACUUUACAGUCUAGUCCUCUUGAACCUGGUCGGCCCGCUGCUGGUGGAGGAUGUGGACGUGACGAAGCAGGAAUGGGUAGCGCUAGUGCGAAAGCAACGCGUGCUGGUACCGUCCUUUUCAGCGAUCGCCGCCGCUUCGCCAGCUGGUGGUCGUGCGUCAUCGCGCUACCUCUACUCCUACUACGACGCUGUGAAGAUCGAAGGCAGCGCGUCCCCGCUGAUGGCUUCCGCACGUGCAACGCCGAGGAUGUCCGUUGAAUCCAUUUCCGGGUUUCUGCAGCAGCAGCAUGCGUGGGAAACCAAAGGCAGCGAAAAAGACUCAACAAAGGUCACGAAGUCCUCGCUAACGCAGCAACCUCAACUGACAGAGGACCUGCAGCCGACGUACCACAUUAUCGCAAGUGGCGACGACACGCUGCUCACUCACUUGGCGGAGCUGAAGACCGACGACGAGACCUUUUCUAUAUCCUUUGCUUAUUCUAUCUCUCUCCUUGGUCAGCACAGUCAAAUGCAGCACAGCCGCGUUCACUGCCUCGUGUCUGCGCACGACCCUUCCCUUUCUUUUCACGCGCACUCGUCUUGCUUGCGUCUCCACCGCACCGCGUUACUGCGCAACGUGACCAUUUAUUGGGCAGAAGUUGCAGGUGGAGCGGCCGUCUCAACGAAUGCGAAGCAACUCGAGUGGCACGUGCUUCACGCCGGUCAAGAGGGCCCGCAAAGCUGCGUUGAGGUGCAAAACGAACUCGCCGCACGUGUAUCGGCGAAGCAUGACAUGGAAGACAGAGAGAGCACCACCGUCUCAGCAGCCGUGACGUCUUUCUUGAGUUGCGUGGAGGAGCUGUCGGUGUCGGAGCUGCCGCCCUUCUUUGUGGCCAAGGCGCCGUUCCCUGUUCGAUUCGGGUGGCACUUCCCCGGUUACCUCCACCGCGCACAGGAGACCUUCUUUUACGUGUCCGACCGAGUCAUCAUCCCCUUCGCCAUCUUUGCUGCGGAUGUGAUGAAUGUGUGCGGCGGCGUCAUCGCCAGUCUCCUCCGCCUGCUAGGAAACGGGUUUGUCCGCGCCAUGCCCUAUGUUAAGCACGCAGCGAACGAAGUCGCUCUGUGCAUCGGCGGACUCGUAUGUGGAGGUGGUGGUAGUCGCCGUGGCGGUGGUAGGACUGCUAUAACGCACGCCUCCUCUGCGUUCUCGUCGUUAUCAAUGGACGCCGCUAUGGAAGCGCAGGCGACGGUGCUGUACGCGUACGCGCCGGCCGCCACAGGCUGCGCGGCCUUUCGUCGUGCGCACGCCGCACAUACCGCCUUCCGGGCAGGGGUGCAGACACGCAUGUCCGUGCUCGCCGUUCUCUCCGUCUUGGCAGACGCGACCGAUUUGUUUCCGGGAGUGUGGACGGUGUGCAAGUGGGCGUGGAAUGCGGAAGUCACCUUCACGAUGUGGAUCCUUGAAGGGCUGGGUGCGAUGGGCUACUUCCUCGUGUUUAUCGCGCCUCGCCCACUCCUGUGCGUGCUGGGUGGUGCAGCUCGAAUUCUUGGUGUGGUGUUGCUGCGACUGUGCGCGCCGCUGCGUGAACUGUGGCGGGGCUUUAUUCAAAUGCCACUUCUGCCUUACGUGUCUCGCCUCCUCUGCUCUCUCUGGUCCCUCGAAGCUCGCUGGUUGUGCUACGAAUGGUCUCUCUUCAAGCGUGUGGCCAUCAUUUUCGUGUGCAAGGGGGAGGCCGGCUUGGUGGUUCUUAUGCGUCUUGUCGCUAUGGUCUUCCGAAACAGCGGCUGGCUUGCAACGCGGUACGGCCAAACGUCCUUCUCCAUUCACCUCGUCGUAACCUUCUUGCAGUCGAUGCUGCUAAUCAUUGCCUUGUGGAAUGAAAUGCGAGCGCUGAUCGACGCGGAGCGGCAACGCCCCUCCGGUGCACACUCACCUCUGCGCUUCCUCAAGCGAUGGUUUCCGCAAAGCGUCGCCCUUUUUUCGCCUUUGCAGACCAUCACCGCUCGGGUGAACGGCUUUGGACUGCUGAUCCGCGCGCAUCACCAAGCCUGUAUGCACUACCUACUUCUCCACUCCAUUGGUAUGCUAGUCUUGAUAGGUCUCUCCGUGCUGCCUUUCAUGAAUAAGCUCUACAGCUUGUCUCUGCGUUACUUCCUGCCGUGGAUGUCCGCCAAGGCGUUUCUGAUCUUCUUUUAUGACUCACCCAGUGCCCCGGCGGCGGCAGCGCUUUUCGUUUUGCGGAUGGCCGUGUCGACGCUGCUGCAGCAAACCAUUGGCGACUUCCUCUACUACAUUGUGAGGGACAUCAUGAUUGCGGCGGGGCUGGCCGGUGGACUGGCGCUGGCGCUGUGGACGUGGCCGCAACGCACGGAGCUGGCGAAGCAGGUGGCGACGGCCAUAUCGGACAGCCUUCAAGGAACGCCGAUGCCAAAGGUGGCGCAGGUCUCGUUGAGCUCAGCGGCACGAGAGGGACACGGGAAAGGAGCUUUGGAGGGAGAAAAACGCGCUUCAUCGGAAGACGACACGCGAGGAGAGGAUGCCGUCACGAGGCAGAUUGAUCUCUCGAACACUGCUUGA